CAGCGAUCCCGCCGCCCGCGCCCCGCGCCCCGCGCCCGGCGCCGCGUGCCGCCGCCAUGGGGGCCUGCCUGGGGGCCUGCUCCGUGCUCAGCUGCGGGCAACCAGGAGAGAGUGUGGAUGACUGGGGACAGCCUGUUCCCACCAUGCCAAACCGCACAUGGUUCCAGAGCAGUCCAGCUUGCCUCAGGCGGUCGUGAGCUCCUGGUCUUUGGCAGUGUGUAAGCAGUGGAGGCUGCCUUCCGGGUGAUUCUUCAUUAGAGAGAGGCUGGACCAGUUGAAUGCCAAGGAGCCAUGCAGCCUGAAAAUCGUGUCCUGCCUCUGCGGCUCUGCCCCCUGCAUCCUGUGCGGCUGCUGCCCCUCCAGCCCCAACUCCACCGUCACCCGCCUCAGCUUCACGGCCUUCCUCUUCCUGGGGGUGUUGGUGUCCAUCAUCAUGCUGAGCCCCAGCGUGGAGAGUCAGCUCCACAAGCUGCCAUGGGUGUGUGAAGAGGGGGCCGGGACCCCCAUCAUCCUUCAGGGCCACAUCGACUGUGGCUCCCUGCUCGGCCACCGUGCUGUCUACCGCAUGUGCUUUGCGACGGCAGCCUUUUUCUUCCUCUUCACCCUGUUCAUGAUCUGCGUGCGCAGCAGCCGGGACCCCAGGGCUGCUGUCCAGAACGGAUUUUGGUUCUUUAAGUUCCUGAUCCUCGUGGGCAUCACCGUGGGCGCAUUCUAUAUCCCUGAUGGCUCCUUCUCCAACGUCUGGUUCUACUUUGGUGUCGUGGGCUCCUUCCUCUUCAUCCUCAUCCAGCUGGUGCUGCUCAUCGACUUCGCUCACUCCUGGAACCAGCGGUGGCUGGGCAAGGCUGAGGAGUGUGACUCCCGGGCCUGGUAUGCAGGCCUCUUCUUCUUCACCCUCCUCUUCUACACACUGUCCAUUGCGGCCGUGACACUGCUGUUCAUCUACUACACCCAGCCCGGCACCUGCUAUGAAGGCAAGGUCUUCAUCAGCCUCAACCUCACUCUCUGCUUCUGUGUCUCCAUUGUCGCCGUCCUGCCCAAGGUCCAGGACGCCCAGCCCAACUCGGGUCUGCUGCAGGCCUCGGUCAUCACGCUCUACACCAUGUUUGUCACCUGGCUGGCCCUGUCCAGUGUCCCUGACCAGAAAUGCAACCCCCACCUGCUGACCCGCUUCAGCAAUGAGACGAUCCUGGCAGGCCCUGAUGGCUACGAGACCCACUGGUGGGAUGCACCGAGCAUCGUGGGACUCAUCAUCUUUAUCCUGUGCACCGUCUUCAUCGGUCUGCGCUCCUCGGACCACCGGCAGGUGAACAGCCUGAUGCAAACGGAGGAGUGUCCGUCCACACUGGAAGUCACGCAGCAGCGGCAGGUGGUGGAAUGCCAGGGCCGGGCCUUUGACAACGAGCAGGACGCUGUCACCUACAGCUACUCUUUCUUCCACUUCUGCCUGGUGCUUGCGUCCCUGCACAUAAUGAUGACGCUUACCAGCUGGUACAGACCCGGCGAGACCCGGAAGAUGAUCAGCACCUGGACCGCCGUGUGGGUGAAGAUCUGCGCCAGCUGGGCGGGGCUGCUCCUUUACCUGUGGACCCUGGUGGCCCCACUCCUCCUGCCAAACCGCGACUUCAGCUGAGGCAGCCCCCUGCAGCCUGCCCACCUGGUGCCUCGGGGCUCAGUGAGUCAGCCCACUGAGCCCCUACCCCUACCCACCUCCAGGACUUGCCCCUGAGCUGGGCCCCCUGUUCUUAGUGCCUUCAGGGAGGGGGAGCCUCAGGCCCAAGCCUGAGCCCUACCUUCCCGCUCCCUCCAGACCACAGAGCUGCCUCUUCCUUACCCUUGGUCCCCAUCCCCUGCACUCACCCUCUUGGGAAAGAAGGGCCCCUUAUUCUUAGGCUCCCUGGGAGAGGGACCUGAAAGAGAGAAGCACUCAGAGCCACUCAAGAGAGUGGGAGCACUCCCCAGGAUGGGGUGCCCAGCACUGAGGCCUGGGUCGUGCCGACCACGUCCCCCAGGGCAUGCCACCUCCUUUCUGGACUCUGUGCCUUACUGAGUCUCCGUGACUUUGCGCAAUAAAGCGGCCAGUGUAUGUA